AGGAUCUUCCGAUGUGCACGCCGGAGAACAUCAAGGAGUUCAUCUCACAGGAGUGCACCCCGGACCGUCUCACCGUGGUGGGUGUGAACGUGGACUUUCAGGAGCUCUGCAAGUGGACUGCUCGCAGCUUCGCGGAGCAAGGCCAGGCGCUGCACCGGCCAGGCGAGCGCGCGGCCGAGCCUGCGGUGUACACGGGCGGGGAGAUUCGCAUGGCUCGGCCGAACCCGCUGUGCCAUCUCAUCUUCGGCUGGGAGGUGCCCGGGGGAUGGAACGGCAAGUGGCUCGCUGCCGUGACGGUGCUGCAGAUGUUCCUGGGCGGCGGCGGCUCCUUCAGCACGGGAGGGCCAGGCAAGGGCAUGCACACCCGGCUGUACACCCACGUGCUUAACAGGUGUCACUGGGUGGAGUCCUGCCAAGCAAGCACCGUGAUGUACACGGACAGUGGCCUGUUCACUGUGUACGCGACGGUGGUGCCGGGCCACGGUUCGGACUUUGUGGGGCUCCUGGCGAACAUCUUCGAGGGUCUGCCCAAGAUGUCCGACGUGGAGCUGGCGCGCGCCAAGAACGCCCUGAAGUCCAGUAUUCACAUGAACCUGGAAAUGCGCGGGGUGAUGAUGGAGGACCUGGGCCGUCAGAUGGUGCUGUCUGGCAAGGUGGGCACGGCCCAAGAGUUCGGGGACAUGGUAGAGGCCAUCACCAAGGAAGAUUUGGUGGAGACUUUGCGCGAGUGCCUGAAGUCCCCCGCGAGCUUUGUGGCCUUCGGAGCCAUCGAGAAGGUGGCUCCCUACGAGCAGAUCCGGAAGAGGUUCUUCGACGUGCGUUUGCAGAACCCAUGAGCAGGGCACACCCGACGCCAUGGAGAAGUGUACCGACCGCCGCUGAGCGAGCCA